GUCAAUAGUCGUUUGCGCUCACAACUACAACGUUUUUCCUCCCUUUUAUUGCAGAUGAAUCGGCUUUGUUCUGUAAAAGAUGAGGAGAAGACAAAUCUUGGCUGUAUGUCUGGCUGUGUUGGGUCUGUGCGGUACUAUCCUGGUGUGUGCAUUACCUAUGUGGAAAGUGACAGCCUUCGUGGGAGCAAACAUCGUGACAGCACAGGUUUUCUGGGAAGGCUUGUGGAUGAACUGCGUCCUGCAGAGCACCGGUCACAUGCAGUGCAAAGCGUAUGACUCCAUCCUGGCUCUUACUCAAGAUCUCCAGGCAGCUCGAGCUUUGAUCUGUGCCUCUAUUGCAGUCAGUGUGGUUGCCAUUGGACUGUCCAUUGUUGGAGCCGACUGCACCAACUUUUAUAGAGAAGAGCGGCUUAAAAAGACUAACACUGGAAUAGCAGCUGGUGCAGUCUUUAUAGUUGCAGGUGUACUGUGCCUUGUUGCUGUCAGCUGGUCGGCAUAUGUUAUCAUCGUGGACUUCUAUAAUCCUCAAGCAAUAGCGGGGAGAAAAGGAGAACUGGGAGCCUCCAUCUAUGUAGGAUGGGCGGCCGGUGUUCUGCUGAUUGUAGGUGGUGGGCUGCUCAUCAGCACAUUCUCCAACCGAUGUUGACCAGAUGUGUUUUAAGCCUUAAGUAACUCAAGUGAUGUUUGGAUUGUGCAACUUUUGUUGCGAACAUCUGACUGUUAGUAAAAAUGCGUUUAUAUGGUCACAAAUGAGCUUUUUUUGAUUAGUGAUUUAUAAUAUGUUAAAUAUUAUAGGCAA